UUAAAUAAUACACUGUCUAUAACAAUUUUAAAAAGUUACUGAAAAGUGAGCCAGAGUGUGGGGCUGUAACAAAUUUGGUGACAAAUAUUUAUUGUCUACCGGAAACCUUUCGAUGUUCCAAACAUUAGGUCUUCUUGGUCUGUAUUGAGCUUUGUACUCACUCGGACCCAAAACUGCUCCUCCAACCCACCAGCGUUCAAUCUAUGAAUUUGAAAAAAUUAAAUCCUUAAUCAAAAAUUUUGAUGUAACCUGUGGAGGAACGGGAAUGUUCAAUGGGUCAUAUGAUAUGUGCUGGUGACCCAUAUCCUGGUCAUCAGAUGAGUACCCCAUUAUGUGCUAAUCAAUUGUGUUUGCAGCUGCCCCUUUUACUAUUAUACUCUAGUGCACAAAUGAAGAGAAAUCCAAUGGGGUUGCCAUGGGAAUGAUUUUCAAUAGUCUCUCUAAUUGUAAUCGCAUGCAAAGGAAAGGUGCCUGUAUAAGACUGGUGCUCAUCUAGCUUUACCAACAUGCAUCCCUCAAAAGAACAUCCAAGUCUCGAUGACAAAAAACAGUACUUGCACCUUCUGGAGUUGCAACUGCGGUUGCUGGAACUCGAAGCCAACCGUCUCAGAGCUUGCUGCAGUUCUUCUUCAAUUUCUUUUACUUCGGUUGCAAAAACUAACUUAGCAAGUAAUCUUGGAUCUGCCGUCUCUCUUCAAUCUGCUACUGAUGUCCAUUCAAGACCUCCCUCUCCCUUGGCAAGCAGCAGUUCUUCGCCUCACAAAUUUCUACGCAGCUCCCCAAGAAGUUUUGACUCGCAUAGCAGCAAUUCCGACUUUGAAAGAUACCCAAAUUUCUUGGGGAAAAAGUUCCUUCUGAAUCUAGCCGAGGCUGCCUCGCAAGAAUUAUUCAGAGACCUGGAGGCACUCGAGCUAGAGAGUCAAAGAUCUGCGUCUAUAUUGCUUGGAAAAAUUGAGGCUUACAAGGCAGAAACGCAAAAUUUAAAAGCAACAAGAGAUGCUGCUGAGAAAUUUGGAUCAAAAGUUACUUCCGGAGAUGGACAACAGUUUUAUCGGUGGAUUUCUAAACACUGGCUGGGUAACACCGAAAGAGACCUGAGAUGGCUGAAGCUCAAAAUUGUUUCGGAUCAAAAAUAUCAGAAACUGCGGCAAUUUUCCCAACGGAGCAACGCCGACAUCGAUCUACAAAUGUCUGGCAAUGCGAAAAUGGAGCAGCAACUUUCAAACGUAAUUUCCUCAGUCCAGAAAUUGUACGAAGAAAACUGCCAGGAUGCUUUAAGAAAUGAAGUGCUGUGUGAUUCCACUACAAACCUGUCGGACAAGGUGGGCUACCUUCAACGAGGCAUUCUGGACAAGCGGAGGAAGAAGCACGAAAAGGAAGCCAUGAAAUUCACCCUGGAAAUGCGCAACCAGGGUUUGGUUAGGCAUUAUCUUGACAUCGUGGACGUCAACAAAAUCAAUGCCCAGAAAUUUGGUCUCCAAUCAAUUCCAGACAUUGAGUUCGUUUCAGUUUGGAUGAAAUCAGUCGGUCUUGAAAGGAAUUUGCAGCAGGAGCUGCAAAUCAGCCAGAGGCGCCAGUCAAUGCUGAAUUUCCAAGUAAAGCGAACAAAGGCCAAAUUCCGAAAGUCCCAGGAAAUGAAGAUGGGAGGUCCUCACUGCUCUCCAGCCGACACGGUGCGCCUGAGCACCAAGAGUGGUGCAGGACGCACAUCCACUUCUAAUAUGACCACAGACGAUGGCAGCACACCUCUUUAGCCACACCAGCAAAGUUUUAACAGCCGUACCUGCCGCCGCUUGAGCAGCCCCAGCCACACUGAACAACGACUUCUUUCCGCACACAGCCUGGACGCAGCAGCCGAGGAGAGCGGCCAUCGUCGUCACAAUUCCAGUGAGCACUCCAAGGGUCAGGAAGACCAGGGCCACUUGCCAGGGUAUGGGAAAGCCGGCACCACCCUCUGCUUCUUUUAGUCCAACAAACGGGGCGCAGUGCUCCCUUCCUUUAAUGAGGGUGCAUCGGGUGAAGAUGCCCAGAGUUCUUCCAUACCAUUUUACCUGCUCCUCAACUGAAA